AUGGCGUUGUGUCAACACGGCACAGUAUCAUCUUCAUCAUCAGAAUUACGAGAAUUUAUUACUGAGGACGAAAGUGCUAUUGGCGAUAAUAUCAGUAUAUUUGAGCCUUUGAGCGAUUCAUGCGGCGAAAGCGACAUGGAGGGUCUUGAUUUCUCUCUAUUUGAGCCUCAAGUUGAACCCAACUGUUGCCAUCAAGAUUCUCGCGUUUGUUCUGGCAUGCUUGACCUCUUGAUGCACUACUGUGAGCCAGAAUGCUGUGUCAGCGAAACUGCAGGUGAAGCAUGUUGGGAACCAUGUUACUGUGUUCUAUUGCAAGAUGAGCAAACCCUCACAGCAUAUCGGAGUGAGGAUAUGGCGCUAUUUGCCGGUACUGGGUGCAUUUUCAGGGCUCAGGACAAGAUUGGCGAUGCGAUGUUUGUGGAAUUACCGCGCGUACGUUUAGACGGUGGAGCCAGAGCAUUUCGUCAAUAUUGGGGUUAUGAAUCGCGCCCAUUAGCACCCCCGCCACCACUCAUUGAAGAAGACGAAGGUGGCAUUGAACCAGAAACUGUUAGUCUACGUGAAGCCAACACCGCGUCUCCUAUAGCGUCUUUUGUGAGAAAAGCCAGAACUCUACCCGCAAAAGGUUAUCGUCAACAACGACACACAAUGCAACCUGAUUUAUCACGUCUGUCGAAUAGUAAAGGUGAUACAAAUUUACCUAUACCACCUUUAAAGGCAAAUACAAUAGGUGAGUUAAAGUCUUUAUCCUUACCUCGAGGGUUUCCUCCACCUGUAAAUGAGGACAGUAGUAAA